GUUAUGUUAGCAGAGUGGAAGAUAAGAGCGUGGCUAUGCAGAAUGGUAUUAUCAAAAGCGACGAAAUUAUGGUGAUCAAUGGAGCGAUAGUCUCAGAUUUAGACAUGAUGUAUCUGGAAAGCGUGCUUCAAGAAGAAUUGUCUCUCUGUAUGAUGAUGCGCUCCUCGAGAACCGAACCACCAGAUCUAGCUGGAAUUCUCAGAGCAACGGAUGAUAUUAUUGACAGUCUGGUUUGCCCACCACCUCCGUCAGAGCCACCCGUCAUCAGCGAGGAGAUGAUCUCAGGCCUCAUCGUACCAGCCCCAGGUUGGAGUAAAGACCGCUACUCGACGGAUUCAGAAAAUCCACCGUCAUCAAUGACAGACUCUGGAAUCAGAGUCAGUUCUAGGACCAACUCUUUUGAAAUAGAGAAUUUGCUCAAAAGUGCCGAACAAGUGACUGGCUUCUGUCGGUCACCAGUAGAAUCGAGGAAAACUAGCAGUCCGACCGGAAGUAUAGUCAGCAAUACUUCUCAGGCAGGUUUGACGCCUUCUAGACAACUUUCUGAUGCUGAAAAAUUAAGGAAAGUCAUUUUAGAGCUCGUAGAUACGGAAAAGGCAUACGUUAAGCAUUUGAACAACUUGUUGGAGAAUUAUUUGGAACCAUUGAAAAAGGAAACAUUUUUAUCAAAUGCAGAAAUUAACGCCUUAUUUGGAAACAUCCAAGAAAUUGUUACUUUCCAGCGACAAUUUUUGAAUAAUUUAGAAGAGGCUAUCGAACUAGAACAUGAUUUCCACAGAUUUGAAUUUAGUAGCCAAUUUAAGAAUGUGCUGUUCUCAAUAGCCAGUUCGUUCCUUUACUAUGUAAACCACUUUAAACUUUAUAGUUCCUUCUGUGCGAGCCACAGUAAAGCUCAAAAAGUUCUACAUCCCAAUGAAGGCAACCAGGCGCUUCAAGAGUUCUUGUCGGCUCGAAAUCCAAAACAGCAACAUUCUUCAACUUUAGAAUCUUACCUAAUUAAACCAAUUCAAAGGAUACUUAAGUAUCCUUUACUUCUUCAGCAACUCGGCAACUUGACUGAUCCUGAUAGUGACGAGCACCAACAUUUAUUAGAGGCCUUAAAAGGAAUGGAGAAAGUAGCCGAACAUAUUAAUGAAAUGCAGAGGAUACACGAAGAGUACGGUGCUAUCUUUGACCACUUAUUUAGGCAGCACCAAAAAUCAUGUAAACAAGGCGUCGCCAGUAAAAGUUCGUCGUCGGAAGUCGAAAUAAUUAGGUAUCAGGUGCUGAUCCCCGUAACGGAAGUUCAAGUAAGAGCAUCAUCCGCGAAGGAUAUGGAUUCCCAUUUCCUUUGGGAAUUGAUACAUUUAAGGAGUCAAUUACAAAGGAGAUCCGAAAAGGUCUAUGUUCUCUCUAAUAGUUUAAAUUGGAAAAUAGUUCCAUAA